AUGCAAAUGAUAAUUAUGGACAAAGCUGCUCAAGAUAACCGAAGAGAUCAAUGCAAUCCUGAUCAUAAGCCAUCUGGUCCAGGACAUCAAGCUGGGUACCACGGACAAGGCAUUUUUAUAAUAAUUAUUUACGGUAACGUCAAUAUCAUUAUUGUCAAUAAUUUUAAUCAAACUGAUGUAACAUCCGGUAAAAGACCCAUUAUAAAUAUUAAGAUAACUAGAUAUGUCGUAAAGAUACCUAUUUCAAAGGCUUUGAUAAGAGCCUUGCCCGAGUCGAAGACACCGAUCACCCCGAAGACAACUCCUAACCCAAUAACAAAACAGUCCGACUUCCCGCAUCUCCAUCGAGUUCCUCUUAAGUUUAAGGUGAAAAUAGCACGGCCAGAUGAAGGAGAGCAUAGUUCCAGUGAAAGAACCAAUGAAGCCCAUCAGAAUACUGAAGUGAGGGAUGAAAAUCGCCAUCAUAAUAGUGAAGACAAUAACACCGACCCGCCAGGCAAGACCCCAGACCUUGAGUUCGUGGUCUACUGUCCAGAUCGUCGGGAAAAUAGUCUUGGGUCUGCCGCGAAGAAAAGCCCUUUCUAG